AUGCGCGUUACUACCGUCAUCUUCGGCGCUCUCGCCGCAACUGUUGCCGCCGUCGGCGAUGUCCACCUCCAGCUUCAUAAGAGAAUCGAGCCGACCAAGAUCAUCAAGGUCCUUGAAGCCCGCGGCACGCCCGAGUGUACAAACGCUGUCUACGCCUUCGCCAGCGCCGUCACCGGCUCCGACCCCCUCCCCACGCCGAAUUUCGCCCUUCUGGAGUGGGCCGCCACCGCGUCCGUCGCCAACUCCACGGUAGACCCUUGCAGCACCGUCUCCGUCACGGACUCGAUGAGCGCCCAGUACACCUCUUGGUCAAACGCCGUCAUGUCAUGGCAGACUGCCCACAUGUCGGAGAUGCGGGCCGUGUGGCACGAGUGCACUGAUAUUCCCAUCAUCUCGGCUGAGGUCAAGAGCUUACUGGCCUCUGGUGGCUACUGCAGCAGCAAGCUAGCCGCGCUCACCAGCGAGGGCGCCGGACCGAGGGAGACUGGUAUGGUUGUUGCCGCUGCCGCUGCUGCCGGCUUCGUCUAUGCUGCUAUGCAGUGA